AUGGACCUGUCAAACCAGACUAAACAAAGGAAAAAUGGGCAGGGACAUGUAGAUGGAAGUAAGUUCCUCCUGAUGGAACAGGAUCAUCUGGGUGGAAGCCUGCUGCAGAUCAUCUUGUUAUAUCUGGAGAUGGGUUUGUUUACCAAGCUGGACAGUAAAAUGGUGAUGGCUCGGCUCAGAAGGAGAAAAUGCCUGCUCCACGUGUGCAUACCCUGUCUCAUGCCCUGUAUGCUGCUGCUGUUUCUCUACACAGCUGCUAUAAAGUAUGUGGUCACGAGGAACCAUGCCAUGGGGAACGCUCUGUGGGGCAGUGUGAGCGAUUAUGUUGUACCUCCAGUCAAAAAAAAGCCUCCAGACCCCAGGGACCGUUUCAUUGCUCCGGGAGCUUUGAACCCCAUCCUGCAUCCAGGGGCCCCACAGACGGCUCCAGACACCUCUCUGCUCUCUCAAUCUCUCUCUGAGCUCAAAGACUCUGCUGGACACAGUCUCCUCACAGAGCAGCUGCAGUACCAUGUGAGCUUGAUGAGCAGACGGCAGUACCCAGUGCUGCUGCAGCCCAGGGGCCAAUGUGGGGCUGGGGACGCACAGGAGAGAGGCCACACCCUUCUGCUCUUGGCCAUUAAGACCUCGGCCCUCAACUAUAGGUAUAGGCAGGCCAUUCGCCAGAGCUGGGGCCAGGCAGGCUGGGUGUCUCCCCAGAGGAGCAUGGGAGAGGGGAGGGGGGCUUAUGUACGCAGGCUGUUUCUGCUGGGAACAGUGCACUCUCCAGACUUAAGGAACCGGACCUCUGACCUCCUGCAUUUGGAGAGUCGACAUUAUGGAGACAUGCUGCAGUGGGACAUGUGGGACAGUCCUCUGAAUGGGACAAUGCAGCGACUGCUGUUCUGGAGCUGGUUCAGAGACAUUUGUGGACACACAGACUUUGUGUUGGAGGGGGAUGAUCAGGUCUUUGUCAACACUCCAGCACUGGUGUCUCUGCUCCAGGAGCAGCUGGACAAACCAUGCAGUCACCUGCAGGACUUCAUGAUGGGUAAUGUGGUGAGCCGAAGACAGCCUGAACGGAUCUUGCACUCACAAGAGUUUAUCCCUGAAAGCUUCUACAGAGGGUGGUACCCACCCUUCACCCGCGGGGAGGGGCGGGUGUUCUCCGCGCUGCUGCUCGAGCGCCUGUUUCUGGUUUCUAAUAGGGUGCACCUGUUCCCCAUUGAGCAAGUUUACGUGGGAAUAUGUAUGUUUCAUCUGAACCUGUCGCCCACCCAUCACCCUGCCGUCCUCCCCUCUGACUGGACUAAAGAGCAGGAGGAGGAGCCCUGUGCUGUCCACAAAGUGCUGUUGCUGCGCACACACAGCCACACACACAUGCUCCAGCUAUGGGAACGCUCCAACACUCACACUGGUCCUUGCGCCAAUUCCACUGUGCCCCCACUCACCACAAGGGGCAUUAAAGUCACCACUGGGGCAAAAAAGCAUGUUUGGUUACAGUCAUGGCACAGUUUAUGGAAGAACUUAUAA